AUGGAUGCCGACCCUCGCGAUUUGAAGGACAUCAAGCAGGACGAUGUCGAAGUCCGGAGAAUGAACAACAACGGUCCUUCUGAUCAGUUACCUCCACCGUAUACACCAGGCGUAUUCGAACCCACCACAGAGCCCACCGCGGAGCCCACCGUGGAGCCCACUGCGUCUUCAUCCACUUCUGACUCCCAACCUGGCCCCUCCGUCAACCGAGACCGUCCACUCCCACCUCCUCCGCCACCAUCCAUCCCCUUUUCAAACUACCUCCUCAUAGACCGUAGGAACGGUAGCAUCUCGGGCCAAUACCUGAUCGAUACAACACUACCCGAACCUACAGGCCCUGCUGUCGUAUCCAACAAUCUCGAACUUCGUAGCCAUAACGGCUCCGUGAAAGGCGAGGUAUGGAUCAGAGGUACACCUGAGAAGAAUAAGAAGGCGACCGUCAAGUUCUUGAGCCAUAACGGUUCGGUGAACGCGAAAAUUCACUCGAUGACACCGGCAACACCACUUUCCCUCGACCUCUUCUCCGCAAACGGUUCUAUGACCCUUGCCAUCCCGCGCUCCUUCCACGGAUCAAUCACCCUUGCCUCCAAGCAUGGAAGCCUGAAUAUCACCAAAGCCCUACAGGCUCGAGCCAUGCUCAUCAGAGAAGAGGGAGGCCAGGCCUUGUAUCACGUCCAACCUCCUUCGGAUCUUGAGGUCUCCGAAGGCUUAGAGCGGGUACCAGGCGAGAGUGAUGCGCGUAUAGAGUCGAAGAACGGGAGCGUGAAGGUCAGGUUUGAGGAUGAGGAUUGGGUUGCUUCGGUCGCGGGCGGGGCAGAUGGUUACGGCGGUGUCUUUGGGAAGUUCAUGAGAGCCUUUACGGGGUGA